AUGACCAGGUGGUACAUUGAGCGUAUAGGCAAAGCUCAAAGUAACAUUCAUUGCUUUACCCCAAAAGCUGAAGGAUUAGUUCAGGAACGUUAUGUUACCUCUUGUUUGCUAGCUCCUACUCGUUUAAACGAACAUGAGUUUCAUGUUCGUGGUGGUGAUAUAGAUUGUUUGGUUAAUUUGGAGUGCAAGUCACGUACUUGUAGGGUCUUUCAGGUGGAUAAACUCCCAUGUGAGCACACGAUAGCAGUUUUGAAACUAACUCCAGGCCAAGACAUAUGUGAGGAGAUAUAUAAACUGUGUGAUCCUAAAUACAAGAAUGAGAGAUGGAAGAAAGCUUGGUAUAGAACAAUUUAUCUUGUUCCUCAUCCAAAAACAUGGACGACGCCAUCAGAAGAAAAGAGAACGGUUCAUCAUCCUUUAGUUAAAUUGAAAAAAGGUCCCAAGAAAGUGAAUCGUAUACCUUCGGUUGGCGAGAAUCCAAAGAGGAAGAAGCAAAAAAGAAGUUGUUCCAUAUGCAAGGAAACAGAUCACAACAAAGGGAAGUGUCCCAAAACAGUAGUUGAUUAA